AUGGCCUCUGGGCGGGUACUGGACGAAGUGCUCGACGAAGCAGCAGGCACGCGUAUCUUGACGUGCAGCUACAAACAAUUCUCACAGCUCACUUUGCUCCUUGAUGUCCACCUCCCAGCUCAUACAGAAUCGUCUGAUGCACUACCCAUUCUCAUUUGGUAUCAUGGCGGAGGUCUUCUCCAAGACGACCGUAGAAAUGUCGCACCACAUCUCAAAGCAUCCGUCGCGCGGUCCGAUUGCAUCGUUGUGUCGGUCGACUACAGGCUCGCGCCGCAAAUUCCAGUCGAUGAGAUCGUGUCAGACUGCAUCGAUGCUCUCGAAUUUGCCUACACAAAUCUCAGUCUAAUACUAGAGCAAGAGGAUCGGUUCACGCGCGGUGACCCUAGUCGCAUUGUCAUUGCCGGUGGUAGUGCAGGUGGGUACUUGGCACUGCUCACUGCUUCUUCUGCGCCUGCUCACAUUCAGCCUUCCAUCAAGGCGUGUCUUGCCAUCUACCCAAUCACAGACCCAUUCGGACCCUUCUUCACCUCAUCGCAUGAUUUACACGUACCCUAUGACACAAAACAGCUUGCUCCCUUCAUCGAUCCGCAUGGUCAAGUCAUGUCUGGGAACGAUCAAGCUGGUUUACGCGGGAAAAUGUACUUUUACAUGCUUGAGCACGCCAACCUGGCAACACUGCUGGAUGUGGAAGGCAGUGCAAAGCGUGCAGGACGAUCCUUCAGAGUACAGGAAGAGUUUAAGCAACGCGGACUAGCGGAUACAUUGCCAGCCAUCUACAUGAUUCACGGGGAUGCGGAUCGCGCCGUUGGUGUGGACCAAGCUCAUGUUGUCCGUGAUGUCUUGGUGGCUCGUCGACGUGCACAGCAAGCGCGUGGCCUCAAAGCAGACCAGUUCAAAUACGUCGAGGUGCCAGGAGCGGAUCAUCUAUUUGACAAGGACCCAAAGGAAACGAUGGCGGAUAUGUAUACAUUCAUGCAGCACGCUUUAGCAGGCAUCGACGUUACUCCAGAAUCUGCAGAUUCGAAGAACGCAACGACCACAUUCACUGAUACAGCUGUGUCACAAAGCACGCCAAUCAAAGCAACCUCUUACACCAGUUCUGUUGCUUCAAGCAGUGACGACGACUAUUCAGAUCUAAGCGACCAAGACGAUCGUUACUCGGCUGAUCGGCACUGGCAUCAAUCCAUGCAAGAACUCGGUACCCUUGCCAAUCUCAUCUUACUGCCAUACCUCGGCAAAUACUUUGGACGACAAUUUGCGUUUUGGUCAUGGGCGAAAUGGGUUACUUGGCGAUAUCCGGGUGUGCAUGUCGAUGUGGACAAGACGACAAAUCGUGUAACAGGCGCAAUUGUUGCUGGCAUGUCUUCGUUGGGCUAA